CAUGGCGGGCGUGGCCCCGCGCUGAGGGCGCCGCUCCGGAAGCGGAAGCUCGGCCCGGCCCGGCCCCGCUCGCUGCCCGCGGCCCUCGCACGAUGCCGGCGCUGCUGGAGCGGCCGAAGCUCAGCUCGGCCAUGGCGCGGGCGCUGCACCGCCACGUCAUGGUGGAGCGGGAGCGCAAGCGGCAGGAGGAGGAGGAGGUGGACAAGAUGAUGGAGCAGAAGGUUCGGGAGGAGCAGGAGCGGCGCCGGCGCAAGGAGCUGGAGGAGAGGAUGUCCCUGGAGGAGACCCGGGAACAGCUGCUGAAGCUGCAGGAGAAGCUGGGGGCCCUGCAGGAGGAGAAGCACCAGCUCUUCCUGCAGCUCAAGAAGGUUCUGCACGAGGAGGAGAAACGGCGCCGCAAGGAGCAGAGUGACCUGACCACGCUGACGGCGGCCGCGUACCCCCAGAGUUUGGGGGUACCGGGGGCUCACCUGCUGGGCAUGACAGGCAGCCCGGGGGGGCCCCCGCUCGGGGCUCAUCGGGGCCGAUCGAGCCAAGCAAAUGUUCGGACCCCCCGUGAUCAGCCCGCGCCAUUUUGGGGCUCAGCCGCCCUUUGGGGCCGGGGGGGACCCCGGAGCUUUUGGGGGGGCCCAGGGGGGUCCCGGCCCCGCCCCCUUCGCCGUGGGGCAGAGCCCCGCCCCUCCCCCACCCUUCCCCCCCGCCCAGCCCCCACCGGCCUACGGAGGAGCCCAACAGCUGCGGCGUGA